CAACCAGAUUCCUACCUUAGCUAGUCAGUGGCAGGCACUGCUGAAUUUGUCCGUGGACAUUUUUACUCAAAGUGGAUUUUCCUGUAGCACUGUUAAGGUUAACUGCCUACCUAACCUACUUUUUAACCCUCUGUUGUCUUCUUUCUCCCUUUCCCUUCUGCUGUUAAUGUUCUUUCUGUCACUUCGUUCUCAUCCCUGUGCGUGAUUCACACCACUGCACAUGACAAGAUAUCUGUGUUCAUGAAAACUACACCAAGUGUGGCCGGCUUCCUGCAGGAGGGGCAUGAGGGCAUCCAUAUGACCAACACGGGUGAGUUGGUGUGAGUGCUGCCGGGAGCAGCGCAGGCCAAGAUGGACGCUCCAGUGAAGGGUCAGAAAAGGAGAGUAACCUCGGCACCCCCUGACGGUGGCUACGCCUGGUUUAUCCUGAUCUCUUGCUUCUUCGUCUUUGGCCUGACCUUUGGGGUCAUUAAGUCGUUCGGCGUAUUCUAUGUUGAGAUACACCGGUAUUUUGAAACCACGGCAACCGAGACAUCAUGGAUCACCUCCAUUGCCGUGGCUACCAUUCACGUUGUGGCUCCAAUAGCAUCUGCACUAAGCGCCUGCUACAGCCAUCGCUCUGUAGUGUUUACAGGUGGACUGAUGUGCAGCUUGGGAGUUGUGUUUGGGGCUUUUGCACGUGACCUGACUGAACUCUACCUAACAGUCGGGGUCCUAAAUGGUUUUGGCUAUGCGUUAACCUGGACUCCCACCGUGACCAUGCUCGGCUUGUACUUUGAGAAAAGGCGUCCGGUGGCAAAUGCAGUGGCCAGCUCAGGAGAGUGCAUUCUCACCUUCAUCCUCACACCUUUGUUCCAGCUGUUGAUUGACAGCUUCUCUUGGAGGGGUGCUUUGCUGAUCCUAGGGGGUCUGCAGCUUAACCUGUGUGUGUGCGGGAUGCUGCUGAGGCCCCUAAAAGACGCCAGAGACUGUGUCAGUGAGGUCAAAGCAGAGGAAGGAGACUUGUCUAUGGAACUUCUCCCCAAAGAGGACUUGGAUCAGGUCAAGCAAAGCUGUCAAGCAGGACUGAAGAUCUCUGAGGGAGAUGAUCAGUUGGCCACUAGGUCAUGUCCAGAAAACCCGGAGGAGAAACACGAUCUGACCAAAGACUCAAAGAGCAGGACUAACAGGACAGAACUAAAGAACAAAAUCCUUAUCUAUGUAGAUUAUACCCUCAUCACAAAUGCUCGAUUCAUGGUUUACUCUAUGUUCGGGGUCUUUGCUGCUCUGGGGUUUUUUGCCCCAGGUUUGUUUCUGGUUCCAUAUGCUCGCAGUCAAGGGAUUGAGGAGUACCAGGCCGCUGCACUUAUGUCCAUUUCUGCAGCUUUUGACCUAUUUGGAAGAUUGUUCUUUGGCUGGGUGGCAAACAUGAGGCUGGUGCAGACGGUGCAGCAACUGACCGCUUCAGUAAUUCUGCUCGGGACAGUGUUACUCCUAUGCCCCCUGGCCACCUCGUUUUCAGAGCUGGCUGCUUUCAGUGCUGCUUAUGGCCUGGUGUACGGCGCAACGGUCGCAGUCCACAUCACCGUGCUCGCUGAGGUUGUGGGAAUCCAACAGCUCGGAAGCGCACUGGGGUUUUUCAUGCUCAUACGCAGCAGCGGAGGUCUGCUUGGACCGCCCAUCGCCGGAUUCUUCAUCGACAAGAUGAGCGACUACGGGACAGGUUUCCUCAUGGCAGGUGUGGCUCUCAUCGUCUCUGCCUUGUUCCUCCUCAUCCUGCAUCAGAUGAACCGAAAGGAAGCGCGAUAUGCACAUGGACAAAAGGGGCCCAGUCUUAGAGCUGCGGGAAAAAAGGAAAAUGAGACAUGAGCAACAGGAAAAUGGCUGUGGUUGGUGAGUCUGAAUAGCAUCUGGGUACAGAAAAGGAGGGAAAAUGAGGAAGGCCAGCAGGACAAAAAAAAAAAAACUUGGUACAACAGUAGAACAAUUUUAUAAUUUAUUUUUCUUUUGCAGUCACAUUUCCUUUUGAAAUCUUUUUUUUUUAGGCAAUUGCAGACAAGGCACUUUAGAUUUCAUAAUAAUGACGAUAAUAAUAACUUUCCCUUUAUUAAUCCCCAAUGGGGGGAAUUCCUCUGUAUUCAUUACUUACCCAUACUUUCUCGCAUGCAUUUAUCUCAAGUUACCUAUACUAUAUCAAAUCCGAUAAAUAAAUAAAAAAUGCAAAUGCUGUUAAAUUAUCAACUGCAAAAUGUCUCAAAACACAACAAUAAAAGAGCCUUCAUAGAAGCAGAACCAAAUAGAAUCCCCCAGAGCCUCAUGUUCUGAUACAUUAAACCUUUUUUUUUUUAAUGAACAUUGUAUAAGUGUUGUAUUAUGUAUAAAUGCUGUUUUCUUAAAAUGUGACUGUGGCGCCCUCUAGUGAUAAGGUACUGUUAUUGCAAUUGCAACCUUCUUCAAGACUUUAAUGUGCAAAAAAGUGUAGCUAUAUUCUGAUAUCUAACCACAUUGAAGAUUUUUUUUUUUUUUAUUAUUAUUGUAUAAACCAGAAAAUCUCA